AACAACGGAAGUGGGAGAGAGAGAGAGCAAGAGAGAGAGAGAUAGAGAGAUAACAGUGCGCAUUGAGUCAGUGAGUUUCCGUCCUAGCUGCUUUUUCUCAUGCCCGUCUCUCCGGAGGAAGGGGUGGACUCAGCGCUACAGCAGAUCCGGCAUUAGUCCGCGUUCACGGGGCUCGGCUCGGUCGGUCGGUCGGUUGGUUCGGGUUCGUGGGUUCCCCUGGGUCCCCACUGAAAACACCCCUGAAGAGAAGCGGAAGGACGGGGAAGAGCCGGCGGAGCCCCGGAGCAGAAAAGAGGAGUAAAAGCCAGCAGAAGGAGGAAGCGGAGCGGAGGGAGGAGCGCAGAGAUGCCCCUGGCUCAGCUAGCGGACCCCUGGCAGAAGAUGCCGGUGGGGGGGACGACGGGAGAGGAGCCGCACCACGAUCCGGAGGACUUAGUGGGUGAGGACGACUCCAUGCCUGCCUGCGCCGACGAUGGGCCGAUCAAGGAGAUCAACAUCACUCACCACGUGAAGGAGGGGUCAGAGAAGGCCGACCCACGGCAGUUUGAGCUGCGCAAGGUCCUGGGACAGGGCUCCUUCGGCAAGGUGUUUCUGGUGAGAAAGAUCACUGGACCAGAUGCCGGUCAGCUUUACGCCAUGAAGGUCCUGAAGAAGGCCACUCUGAAAGUGCGUGACCGGGUCAGGACAAAGAUGGAGAGAGACAUCCUGGUGGAGGUCAACCAUCCAUUCAUCGUCAAACUGCAUUAUGCGUUUCAGACGGAGGGGAAGCUUUACUUGAUCUUGGAUUUUCUCCGAGGAGGAGAUCUCUUCACACGUCUCUCUAAGGAGGUGAUGUUCACUGAGGACGACGUGAAGUUCUACCUGGCAGAACUUGCUCUGGCCCUCGACCACCUCCACGACCUCGGCAUCAUUUACAGAGACCUCAAGCCUGAGAACAUCCUGCUCGAUGAGGAAGGACACAUCAAGCUGACAGACUUUGGCCUGAGCAAAGAGUCCAUAGACAACCGAGCGGAGAACAAGGCCUACUCCUUCUGCGGGACGGUGGAGUACAUGGCUCCGGAGGUGGUGAACCGGCGGGGGCACACGCACAGCGCCGACUGGUGGUCCUACGGGGUGCUGAUGUUCGAGAUGCUGACGGGAACGCUGCCGUUUCAAGGCAAAGACCGGAAAGAAACGAUGACCAUGAUCCUCAAAGCCAAGUUGGGAAUGCCUCAGUUUUUGAGUUCAGAAGCUCAAAGUCUCCUCAGGAACCUUUUCAAACGCAACCCAGCCAACAGAUUAGGAGCUGGACCAGACGGCGUAGAGGAGAUCAAAAGGCAUCAGUUCUUUGGCUCCAUCGACUGGAAUAAGCUGUACCGCAGAGAGAUCCAUCCUCCUUUCAAACCGGCCGCGGGGCGACCUGACGACACUUUCUAUUUUGAUCCAGAGUUCACAGCUAAAACUCCCAGAGACUCUCCGGGGGUCCCUCCCAGUGCCAACGCACAUCAGCUGUUCAGAGGUUUCAGCUUUGUGGCCAUUACAGAGGAGGAAACACAACCGCUGCCCAACGCCAUCGUCCAGCAGCUGCACAGAAGCACGUCCCAGUUCUCGGACGCCUACGAGAUCAAAGAGGACAUCGGCAUCGGCUCCUACUCCAUCUGUAAGCGCUGUGUAAACAAAGUAACAGGUGUGGAGCAUGCAGUCAAGAUCAUCAACAAGGCCAAGAGGGACCCGACAGAGGAGGUGGAGAUCCUGCUGAGAUACGGACAGCACCCCAACAUCAUCACCCUCAAGGAUGUAUACGAUGACGGCCGCUCGGUGUUCCUGGUGAUGGAGCUGAUGAAGGGAGGCGAGCUGCUGGACAAAAUCCUGCGACAGAAGUUCUUCUCUGAAAGAGAAGCCAGCGCUGUCCUGUACACUAUCACCAAGACUGUGGAGUACCUGCACGUGCAGGGGGUUGUGCACAGAGACCUGAAGCCCAGUAACAUCCUCUACGUGGACGAGAGCGGAAACGCAGAGUCCAUCAGGAUCUGCGACUUCGGCUUUGCCAAACAGCUGCGAGCAGAGAACGGCCUCCUCAUGACGCCCUGCUACACCGCUAACUUCGUGGCCCCGGAGGUGCUGAAGAAGCAGGGUUAUGACGCAGCCUGUGACAUCUGGAGCCUCGGCGUCCUGCUCUACACCAUGCUGACGGGUUUCACCCCGUUCGCCAACGGUCCGGAGGACACACCGGAGGAGAUCUUGGCUCGUAUCGGCAGUGGGAAGUUCUCUCUCACUGGAGGAUACUGGAACUCUGUCUCUGCUGAGGCUAAGGACCUGGUGUCAAAGAUGCUGCAUGUGGAUCCCCACCAGCGGCUGACUGCCGGUCAGGUCCUCAGACACCCCUGGGUGACACACCGAGAUCAGCUGCCCAAGUACACCCUGAACAGACAGGACGCGCCGCACCUGGUCAAGGGUGCGAUGGCGGCCACCUACUCGGCCCUGAACAGGAACGUCCCUCCGGUGCUGGAGCCCGUGGGCUGCUCCACUCUGGCGCAGCGCAGGGGGGUAAAGAAGCUCACCUCCACCGCUCUGUGACCUUUACCUCCCGCCACCCCUCGACCUCUUCCUGUCAACUCUAACCUCGCUCUGACCUCCACCGGACCGGCCCCCAUCCCCUCUCUCCAGUGUGGUCCGGUGGGACAGACUACUGAUGGACCUGGGAACUGCUAACGCCAAAUAGGAGCCAAGAGAUCACCGCUGCCCCUCCCUCGCCGUCCUGCCCGCUUCCAAACCCUUCUCCUGAUUGAUCUCUUUCGCUGUCUUACUGUAGAAUCUCAGCUUUAGCCUCAUGAUCGACAGUCGGACUGAGCUGUAAUGAAAACCUGUAGACUCUCUUCCCGCUGCAGGAGCCCACUCCUCCUGCAGCGAAUCUGCUUUGGACAAUCAGCACUGCCUCGUCAACCCAGAGACAGAACGCAUCAGGAAACAGAAGUACUGUAUUUAUUUACUUCACAGAGGGAAAUCUGAACAUAGAAAUAUAACGUAUGCAUUCAAAGAGCUAUGAUCAUUGUUGUACUGGCGUUUUAGCUCUGUGUAGCUGUAGAAGCAUUUAAACCUCAAGUAGCCUCUGAGAUGACGCCGUCGCCUCGGAAACAGAAAAAGGGGCACGGUAAAGUUUGCUUCACUGAGCAGAGCAGCCUCCACCAGUAAACACGGCUCUGUGCUGUAGAGCAGAAUUACUCAAACCUGUCUGAUUUGGCCGGGUCAGCCUGCUGAGCAGCAGAAAUCCAGAAACCAGUACUUCAGUUGAAUGAUCAGUAUCUUGUACAAACAGACCUGGUACCCGAAGACCAGGUGAACGAGUCACUUGAGCACAAACGUGUCGAUCAAACCUUCAGCUUCCACAAGCGGUGGCUCUGUACGAGAUGCCGGGUCCCUCGCCUGCCUGCAGCCGACAGCCAGCGAGCUGUCAAUGCAAACGUGAUGAACUCAGGUUUCUACCAAUCAAGAAGAUGCAUCUUCACGUCCAGGAGGAGCCGUGAUAAGCACAGAUCCUGGGAGGCCUUCAAAUGACGAGAAGGGUUUUAGUCCACCGUCUGAUGAAGACGCCGUCUCUGUGGACACGGAUUCUGCCGAUCAUCACUUUAACCCUUUAAAUCCCACCUGCUCAAGUUAAAAUCCUUCACUUGUGUAAAGGCUUUAAAACUACAGAUAACCACAUUCAGAACUAGUGUGAACACUGACUGGUAAAGAAUUCACCCGUGUUACGAAAAGACAAACUACUGCAUUAGAUAAAGUAAAUUCACAUCCUGAGAAAUAUUAAUCAUUGAAUUUCUGACCAUAACAAGCUACACGUUUGGGCAUGGAUGGAUCCUCCAUUUUUUUUGUCUCUGGGUUCAUUUGGGUCUAAUUGUCUUCUGUCUCUGCUGUGAUGAUGUCUGUCAACAAAUAAUACCAGCAUUCACGUCCCAGAGGCUCUUGGGCACAGGGCCCAGGUUGCGUAGGUCCAUCCAUCCAUGCUCAUCUCACAUUUGUGCUGCACUGCUGUAACAACGUGACAGGUAUAAUACUUAAUAAUGUACGUGGUUGGAUAAACCGUGUAAGACAAUCAAAUCUUUAUCUGCAAAGGAAACCACAAGGUUUGGUCGGACCUUACGCGAAGUCGUUAAUGACCAGUUUUUGAGGUGAACGCGUCCUUUACUGUUUUGUUGAUGAUGGUUAGUGAGAAGCUCCAACGUGACGUCAGCAGGGUGGCACCUUCUGCACCUUCCUACGGUUCCAGGCUUCUCCAGCACCUCGUCCUUUGAAAUGUGCCUCUGCUGUAAGAAAAGAAAAGCUCCCCAUGCCUGGAGACGUGACUUGUGUUGACGAGAGGCUUGGAGACAAUCAGCGAGCACUAAACAACGUAAACUUCUUCCGUCAACACAAAGGGUUAAUACAGUCUAAUAUACAGUUGAUCUUCAGCUUGUCUGCUAAUGUACAGCUCUGGGAUUAAGGAAUGUACAAUGAAUGAAUUCUGUAAUUAUAAACAAGGGAAAAGCUUUUCUUUCUCUCUCCUCUUCCCCUUUGAUUUGACAUAUUCAGCCCUGCUGCUACACCAGCUCUCUGUUUUUGUACCUGCAGUGAGAGUUGGACUUUCUAUUAAAAAUAAUAAAAUACUGUUAAUCAGCUAA